CAAGAUAUAGCGCGGUUUAUGAGGAUAAAUAACAGAAACUGCCGUCUGUACAUUAAGGAUGACAGGACCUAACUUAACUUGAGGUCAAACUAGGUCGUCAAAAUUUCGGCCUGCUCCAAGAGGAACGAAGUUUAACUAAAUAAAGUUGUUGUACGAUGGAAACUCACGAGAACGAACAGUAUGUAACAUUUCCAUUGUCUGGAGUGCAUGAGUCUAUACAAGAGAAUAUCAUAUCACAUGAGGAGAUAUGUGAACCUGUGGAUGAGUGCGUACUACAAGAAGGACUGAGCGAAGUGUCUGUAGGGGAUGUGAAUACUGGCAUUACAGAAGCUCAAGUAGCUGUAGAAAUUUUGGCUGAACGUUCUGACGAAGAGGAUGAAAAUUCUAUCGUUUAUCCAAUUUAUAUUAAGCAAGAGGAACAGCAACAGUAUACUUCCGGUGAUGAUGAAUCUAUGGCAGUAGAAGCUCUUCGGCAACUUGGAGGAAUGUAUCCUUGUUUUGAAGAUAAAAAAAUUAGCUGUCCGAACUGUGCAAAUCAUUUUACGCAAUCAGAAAUGGCAAAGCAUCAUCCUACUUGUACUGCUGUUAAAUUAUCUUGUACUACUUGUGGUGAAAGAUUUGAAAGAAAGAUAGACCUGAAUAAUCAUAUGGUUUGUCAUCAAGUCGAUCGACCACAUGCAUGCAGAACAUGUGGAAAUCUAUUUCGUUCCAAAGCAAAUCUCCAGUCUCAUAUGGCACAGGUUCACCAAGUUGAAAGACCUCACAAGUGCACAAUAUGUGGUGCAGACUUUCAAAGACCUUCCAGCCUAUCAAAUCAUAUGAAAAUUCAUACCUAUGUAGCAGGUCGGGCAAUCAUGCAAUCACAGGGAAACAAUGUCUCCCAACCUGUGGAAUCCUUUAGGAAAUGGCCAGAAAACAAUAUUUCAGAAUCGCAAAGUACGCAGGUUCCGUCCUCGUCUGUACAAACAAUACAGAGUUACGACGUGUCUCAGGUACAUUGGACCGUACCUUCCUACAAUUUUCACAAUGAGCAGUCCAAUGUGGGUUCUCUGAGUAAUCACCAAGAGAAAAUGGAUACUCUGCAAGAAUUCACAGUGAUGCCUAAUGGUGAAGUAACCCAGUUUGAAUAUAGUCAACAGAGUACAAUGACAAGUCAGAUAAAUCAACAAUAUAACUUAUCGUUAAACAACUUUAAUAAUCAGGACACUAUGGUGAAAAUAGAAGCAUUACCAUAUGUAGGAGAGAAUCGAAGAAACUACGUGGAAGUUGAAAUAAAUGAAACUAAAUCAUAUACCUGCACUCACUGUGGUGUUAGUUUUUCCAGGGUAUCCGCCCUGACGUCUCAUGAAAAGAUACACGCCUCCAAGAAUUGGAAUAUGCCAAUCGAGUGUGAAUACUGCGACAAACAAUUCCAGGAUGGUAAUCAUCUAGCAACGCAUCAAACAACGUGCGCCAAGAAAAUGAUGCAAAACAACAUCGAACAGGGUGUUUCAAACAGUAAGUGGGGCAAGCACGCGUGCUCUGAAUGCGGAAAGAAGUUCACUACCAAACAGAAGAUGUUCCGGCAUCAAUGGAUUCACCGAAAGAAAACUCAUUCGUGUGAAGUGUGCGGAUCCCAGUUCGAGAAGCAGAAUCAAUUGGAUGAGCACAGAUUGUCAGCGCACCCGGGUGAUUCGCCUUUCACCUGUAGCGAAUGUGGGAAGAGUUUUGUGUCUCGCCAGGGUCUCUGGGAACAUGGCAGAACUCACGCAGGUAGUCCUGCACAUUUUCAUUGUGACACCUGCUCGAAAACCUUUUCCUCCAGACAAGGAUACUUGAUACAUCAUCGUACACAUACCGGCGAGCGGCCUUACGGCUGUAAAUUUUGUUGGAAGGCCUUCAGGGAUGGCGGCACCCUGAGGAAACACGAGCGCAUUCAUACUGGCGAACGACCUCACGUAUGUCCAUUGUGCUCCAGAGCCUUCAAUCAGAAAGUCGUGCUACGUGAACACGUAAGGUGGGUCCACGCUGCGGGAAAGAAUGAAACGGAGGUUACAGGUCCGCCAUUCCCAUGCCCACUUUGCGGUGCUUUGAAUCAGGAUCGAGAUGAGUUAUGUGCUCAUAUCGUGAAGCAUUCGGAUCAGAUGAUAGCUGAAGCAAAGGCAAAGACUAAUAACAAUGCACCAAAACCAAAACCUCCUAAAAAGAAAUCAAAAUCCUCUACUAGCUCAACCACCCAGUCCAAGCAAACUACCGGAAGUCGUUUAAUCUCUAGAACUGAACAAAACGAAGCUCUUCUCUCUAUCACAGAGACAUCUGGAAAAUCAUCUAAUAACCAACAAGUACUAACAGAAAAGCAAAAUAACAGUAGCACUAGCAGAAUAACAGAAGCAGUGCGUUUAAUAACUGAGACUAAAAAUGAAGGGGUACAGUUAUCCCAUGGGAAUCACAGUCGCGGGGAAUCUCUGGAUCUGAUUACUAUAGAGAAACAUGAACAAAGUACACAAAUAACCGAACACGAAAGUAACACUAUAACUGGGAUAGCUACUACAAGGAACAAUGAAAUCAGUGCAAUGCAUUUGAUAUCGUCAUCAAAACCUAAUGAAACUUUACAUCUAAUAACUACAGGAAAACAGAACAACACGUUACAUCUGAUAUCAAAACAAAAUGAAUCCUUACCUGUUUUAGCAAUACCAAAUCCACAGAAUCAUGAGAAUUUCUCCAGUCAAAUUGCACAAAUGAGUAAUAACACUGAUAUGCCCAUGAACAUGGUAACUCAUCACUCUUCAAGGCAGUCCCAAAAUGACAAAGGAAAAAAUGCAACUGAACGGGAUUCAUUGAUGCAAGAUGCUACUCAACAAUCUGAUGUUAUUCAGGUAGUGCAAUAUCAUCAGCAGGAAAGUGAUGAUGGUGAGGAUUUGGUAUGCGGUAUCUGCGGCGAGGAUUUUAACGACAAAAAUGUACUUAUGGAACACGUCAAGAUUCACAUAUAAUUCGUGCAGAAUUUUUAAAUGUCCAAGCUUGUGAUAUUUUCUAUAGCGCGAUUGCGUAGGCAUGGACGAUAAUAAACACUACUGGUGAUUACUGGCAUCAGUGUACUUUCUGUCAUGCUCUUAAUCAAUUCUUGUAAAAAGACAUUUACUGUUUUUCUUUUAAAAUGAAUUCAUUGAGAAGCGGCUAUAAUCCGCUUCGUUUUCUCCAGUGCUUUUGUACACGUAGAUCAUAUAUGCGCCGCUGUAAUAUAAUAUUCUGUACGUCUGUGAGAAACUACUAUAGUCUUUAAGAUCGGUAUAUUAUAUUGUGCGAUGAUGGAUUAUUAUUAUAUUGGACAAAACAUAUCGUAGACAUGUUGUGUUGUAUAAGAAAAAUCACUAUUCAAAUCUAUGAUUUAAAUAACUGAUUGAAUCACAGCUAGAACCGAGAAGAUAUUAGUAAAAAGGACCAGCUAUAUUUCACGUUGUGUCCGAUGGCUAGUGGGCAUAUCGGACACGGGAGAUACGUUGGAACUAGCAUAGAAAUUCCGGAGGGGAUUAAAAUGUCAUACAAUUCGUUUCAAACAGAGAAUACACAGGGGCUCUUUACCAAUUUUUUCUCGGUGCUGCUGAUGUCACGAUUAUUAAGACUCGAUCAAGUCUCGCGCCGAGUAUCAUUUUUUAUUACCUAAGAGUGCGUUCCGAAAUGUAAUGUUAGUACUGCCAGUACUGUAACCAAUGAUGUGUCCUUAUUCAUCCAUAAGCAUCCAACAGAGAUGUUUGACAGUACUAUCAGUACAUUUCGGAAGGCACCGUAAAUCAACGGGCGAUUCGAUCUAUUCCAAACUUCAAGUGUAAGAAAGAAAUGCGAUAAGAAUACCACCUAUGUAAAAUAAAUUGUAUUUUAUUUUGUACACUACUCCAUUAUUCAUUAGAUUGCAAAUA